AUGACGGCCGUCACCUCUGCAGUUGUUUGUCUCGGGUUCCCUGGCAAUGCAGAGGGCCAAUCUGAUAGCAGUAAGGGAUUUGUUUGCCCCAGCUUCAACCACCAUCACCUCUCAAGCCACAACCUCAGCUCCUCCAACCACCACCACCACCUUAGCUCCUCCAACCACCACCACCACCUCAGCUCCUCCAAACACCACCACCUCAGUUCCUCCAACCACCACCACCUCAGCUCCUCCAACUACCAACACCUCAGCUCCUCCAACCACCACCACCACCUCAGCUCCUCCAACCACCACCACCUCAGUUCCUCCAACCACCACCACCUCAGCUCCUCCAACUACCAACACCUCAGCUCCUCCAACCACCACCACCACCUCAGCUCCUCCAACCACCACCACCUCAGCUCCUCCAACCACCACCACCACCUCAGCUCCUCCAACCACCAACACCUCAGCUCCUCCAACCACCAACACCUCAGCUCCUCCAACCACCAACACCUCAGCUCCUCCAACCACCACCACCUCAGCUCCUCCAACCACCACUUGGUGUGGUCCUCUGUAGCUCAGCUGGUAGAGCACGGCGCUUGUAACGCCAAGGUAGUGGGUUCGAUCCCCGGGACCACCCAUACACAAAAAUGUAUGCACGCACGACUGUAAGUCGCUUUGGAUAAAAGCGUCUGCUAAAUGGCUUAUUAUUAUUAUUACCACCACCUCAGCUCCUCCAACCACCACCACCUCAGCUCCUCCAACCACCACCACCUCAUCUCUUCCAACCACUGGCGCUGCAGCUCUUUAUUGGUCGGAAGGGGUGAUUGUGUGGAACUGUUGCGGACAAUAAAUCCAAUAGAAGGCCCCAGAGGCAGCCUGGAAGUUGACAUUCUACAGAGGGUUAUGGCAGCUCUACAAUUGCCCUAAGUGCUCCACACUCACCCCGUGACUGGGACACAUUAACUCGACCAUCCCAGACACUUUAGACCCACUCCAAUUUGCAUACCGCCCCAACAGAUCCAUAGAUGACGCAAUCUCAAUUGCUCUCCACACUGCCCUCACCCACCUAGAUAAGAGGAAUACCUAUGUGAGAAUGCUGUUCAUUGAUUAUAGCUCAGCGUUCAACACCAUUGUCCCCUCCAAGCUCGUCACCAAGCUUAGGACUCUGGGUCUGAACACCUCCCUCUGCAACUGGAUCCUGGAAUUCCUGACGGGCCGACUCCAGGUGGUGAGGGUAGGCAACAUCACCUCUGCCACGCUGACCCUCAACACAGGGGCCCCACAGGGUGUGUGCUUAGUCCCCUCCUGUACUCCCUGUUCACCCACGACUGCGUGUCCACGCACGACUCCAACACAAUCAUCAAGUUUGCUUACGACACGACGGUGGUAGGCCUGAUCCCUGGCGAUGAUGAGUCAGCCUACAGGGAGGAGGUCAGUGCCUCAACAACAACCUCUCCCUCAACGUCAGUAAGACCAAGAAGCUGAUCGUGGACUACACAAAUCACUAAAGACUUAAAAUGGUCCAAACACACGCGCACAGUCAUGAAGAAGGCACAAGUCAUGAAGAAGGCAUCAUGAAGAAGGUGCAACCGGAGGUUGAAAAAGUUUGGCAUGGGCCCUCAAAUCCUCAAAAAGUUCUACAGCUGUCCCAUUGAGAGCAUUUUGACUGGCUGCCUCACUGCCUGGUAUGGCAAUAGCACCGCCCUCAAUCACAUGGCACUACAGAGGGUGGUGUGGACAGCCAAUUACAUCACUGGGGCUGAGCUCCCUGCCAUCCAGGACUUCUAUAUCAGGUGGUGUGGUAGGAAGGCCUGGAAGAUCGUUAAAGACUCCAACCACCCAAGCCAUGGACUAUUCUCUCUGCUUCCGCACGGCAAGUGGUACCGGUGCAUCAAGUCUAGCACCAACAGGCUCUUGAACAGUUUCUAUCCCCAAGCAAUAUGACUGAUAAAUAGCUAACAAAAUAGCUACACAGACUAUCUGAGUUAACCUUGUAUCCUCAUUGACCUUUUUAUUUGUAUUUGUAUUUUUGUCUCUAUGCACACUCACAGGGCCAUACACACUCGCACACACACUCACUCCAUCAUCUGCUCACUCUCACAUAACAUGCACAUACAUGUAUACUGACUCUACACACACACACACCCACUCACAUGCAAGCUGCUGCUACUCUGUUUAUCUUAUAUCCUGAUGCCUAGUCACCUUACCCCUAUACAUAUCUACCUCCAUCACACCGGUAUCCCUGCACAUUGUAAAUAUGGUAUUGGAACUGACCCUGUAUAUAGUAUGCUUACUUACUUAUUGUGUUCUUCAUUUUUCUUCUUAUUUCUUGUGUUUUUUUCCCCUAGUAUUACAUUGUUAUUGAUUAUUGCAUUGUGGGGUUUUGAGUUUGCAAGAAAGGCAUUUCACUGUACUUGUGCAUGUGACAUUAAAACUUGAAACUUGAAACUUGAUAGGACGCUUUAUCUUCAGCGCCACUCAUUCCUACUCUCCAACCUGACUUACUACACCCGCCACUCCCCUACUGGGACGAAGGAUAGGACACUUUAUCUUCAGCGUCACUUGUUCCUUUGAAUCAGUUCAUUGUUAUAAUACUGUUUUAAAUGUUAACACAAAUCAUAUUUUUUCAGUCCUUGAAUCAUUUUUAUAACACCAAUAAUAACACAACCAAUUAGGAUGCCACCAUCAGUGAACUCUUCAACAACCAGAGCUUUGGAAACCCCCUCCUCCUUGCACAGAAACUGUACCCGAGGUAACACUCCCCCUCUAUCACACACUGUAUGAUUUGGUCUCUAGAAAGGUACUACAGACAUCUUCAACCCUUAACAAAUAGUCUCAAGGUGUAUGGCCCCUCACAGUGGGUUCAGAGAUAUCUGUGUUUAGCUACUACUGGGGUUGGCAGUGCGCAGUGUUCCCGACAACGUUGAGGUAACUAGACAACUCGUGCUGUAGCCAAACUGGAGCGGACCUUGACCAGAGUUGAAGCGAUGAGAGGAGACCUUCCCAAAAGCUAAGUACUUCUCCAUUCAACAUAUACCCCGCCUCUCCAUUUACCUUUGAUUUUGAAUUACCUUAUCACGCUUUGUUGAUUUCCCUAUUGGGUUGUGGAUUCAUAUACUAUUAUUCAUUAUUGUUUUUUUGCUUUGCAAUUACUGUAUUCCUGCUUUUGGAAACCCCUUCCACCCUCCAGCCUAUUUGACACACUGUAUGAUUUGUUCUCUAGAAAGGUACGACAGACAUCUUCAACUCUAAACGGACAGGGACCAGAGUUUAGACAGAGGUGUACAAAAGUUAAGUACUUCUCCAUUCCAUUACGAUUUUGUUUGAUCAUAUUUGGAGGUACUUUUAAGAUAUACAGCUUAUGGUUGAGGUCUAUUGUAUUUUAUGGCGCUUUAUCACAACAGCGCCAUCUGCUGACAGAAUAUUUGUUUUCCACUCAGUACAACGAGCCCCAGGAGAGGCCUACUCCAAGCACUCGAUUGGAGUCCUCAGAGCGUGCCUGCUGUGA